AUGGUCGAAUAUAGCUUCCGUUAUCUGCAUGAAUGGAUAAAAGCGAACACAAAUUUCGAGGAUUCUCAUUCACCAUUUGGCAAAAUCAAGAUUUACAUUUUCAAUGUGACAAAUGCAGAAAAGUAUCUCAUUGGCCGCGAUAAGAAAAUACAUCUACAGCAGAUCGGUCCCAUAACAUACGAAAUCACUGGCUACAACGAAAUACUCAAUCGCAUCAAGGACAGUGUGACAUUCACUCCUUACAGCAGUUUUGCAGUUCUUAAAAUCAACAAGUACUGUCUCUCUUGUAUCCCUCAGGAAAAUAAGAAUAGAGAAACCGUCAACAUUGGCGAGAAGCAUGGAAUGAAGAAUUUUUUCCGCAUACUGACUCUCAACGGAGUGAGUUCAAUCAAACAAAAUGAUCGGGUAACUUUCCGUGACAGUUGUCCCAUCAAUGUGGGAAGAGCAUUUGACAAUUUACUCUUUCCACCCUUCAUCACGCAGUUCACCUUCCUGAAUAUAAUAUCCUACGAAUUAUGUAGCGUUAUCCCACUUCAAUAUCAGAGCGAGGAGAUACACCAUGGCCUCCAUGGCUAUCGUUAUGAGCUUAUGCCGCCCAAGGAAACGAAAUGUUUUCAGAACUGUUAAGUGAACCGU